AUGACUAGCGCUUUCCUCAGAAUUUAUCAAAAAGAGUGUUUUUCGCUGGGUGUUCAUCGUCUCCUCGUUCAAAUGAAGCAUUUCAGUAUCAAAUACCCCGAGGUUUAUAAAGACGAGUCCAUUGUCGAGGAACAUUUUGGCGUUAAGGUUCAUGAUCCCUAUAGAUGGUUGGAAGAUCCAGAUUCUCUGCAAACAAAGGGUUUUGUCAAAGCUCAGAAUCUGAUAACGGAAAAGUUUCUCAACGUGUGUAAUUGCACUUCUAAAAUAAGAGACAGACUGACUGCUAUCUGGGACUACGAGAAGUACUCCUGCCCAAUAAAAUAUGGUUCUUUUUACUAUCUGCGGUACAACAGUGGAUUACAAAACCAAAGUGUUCUUUAUCAAAUGAGGACGUUGUCAGGAUCGACAAAAAAGUUUUUAGACCUUAACGAAGUUGAUCCUGAAGGCCUUACGUCUAUGAGAAACUGUAGUUUUUCAGAAGAAGGAACUUAUUUUUGCUAUGGCAUCAGUUUUGGUGGUUCUGACUGGUCUGAACUUAAAUUCAAAGUCUGUGAAACGGGAGAAGACCUACCGGACAUUUUAAGACAAGUAAAAUUCAGUUCAAUUUCAUGGACAAAGGACGAGAAAGGUGUAUUCUACUGUAUGUACCCUCAACAUGAAGGUAAAGCAGAUGGUACUGAAACAACUGCAAAUACGGAUCAGAAACUUAUGUAUCACCGUUUGGGAACACCACAAUCAGUUGACAUAUUGUGUUCAGAGUGUCCAGAUCACCCUACAUGGUCUAUUCAAGGAGAAGUUUCUGAUUGCGGACAAUAUCUACUAGUUACUUUAUAUGAUGGAUGCGAACCUAAUAACCAGCUUUUCUACUGUGAUCUUAAGAAAAUCAACUGGAAUAUCACGAAAAAACUUGACUUGAUUCCGAUUGCGGAUCGUUUCGAGGCUGUUUACGAAUAUGUGACAAAUGAAGGGGACUCAUUCGUAUUCCGUACUAACUUAGAUGCUCCUAUGUAUAAAAUUAUCCGAAUUAAUCUUGCCAACCCUGAUCGUCAACAUUGGAAAGAUGUCAUCCCUCACAACGCAGAUUCUCUUCUGCAAAGUGCAGUGUGUGUCAACAAUGAUAAGUUGAUUCUUUGCCACCUACAGGAUGUGAAGAGCUGUUUAUCGGUGUACAAACUACUAACUGGAGAGAAGAUAAUGGAUAUUGAUAUACCAGUUGGGUAUGUGGCGAAUGUUACCGGACGGAAACGUGAUGAUGAAGCCUUCAUUCAUUUCACAUCCUUCCUCACGCCUGGAAUAAUUUAUUCGUAUGAUUUUUCAAAUCCUCAUCCGAAGCUUGAAAUUAUUCGGGAGUCAAAGGUUCGAGGUGUGGAUUUAAAUCAAUUCAAGGUGAAACAAGUAUUCUACAAAAGCAAAGAUGGCGCCAACAUUCCAAUGUUCCUUGUUUUACCUAAAGACUUCCAACAAAACGGGUCAGCGCCUUGCCAACUUUACGCUUAUGGUGGAUUCAACAUAUCUGUUACUCCAUCAUUCUGUGUAUCACGACUUUUAUUUCUGCUGCACUUUGGUGGCAUCGCUGCUGUGGCAAACAUUCGUGGUGGAGGGGAGUAUGGAAAACCUUGGCAUGAUGCUGGUCCCGAAUAUCUCAUUAGUCAAAAGUACACAAACAGUCAAAAAUUAUACAUUCAGGGUGGCAGUAAUGGCGGUCUCUUAGUCUGUGCCUCUUGCAAUCAAAGACCUGAUUUAUUCGGCGCUGCUAUAGCUCAGGUCCCUGUAUGCGAUCUCCUUCGAUUUCAUAAAUUUACAAUCGGUCAUGCUUGGAUGAGUGAUUUUGGCAAUCCUGAGUGUGAAGAAGACUUCCGAUACUUGAUACGCUUGUCGCCACUUCAUAAUGUUAAAGUCCCAUCCGACCCAAAUGUUCAGUAUCCAGCUCUAUUGAUCUUGACUGCAGAUCAUGAUGAUCGUGUUGUUCCGCUUCAUUCAUUUAAAUUUAUCUCAACUUUGCAAGAAAUCCUGUGUCGAAGUGAGAAUAGUCGUCAAACAAACCCUAUUCUAGCUCGGAUUGAGUCGAAGGCUGGACAUGGACAGGGGAAACCCACCUCGAAAUCGAUUGAUGAAGUGGUAGAUAUAUACGCGUUUCUUCAAACUGCGAUCUCACUCACAUGGAAGGAUUAG